AUGAAGUUCUUGUUAUAUAUGGUUUCUUGGUGCUCUUUGGUGAGCAAAAUAAUGACAUCCGGAUCGGAUAAGUAUUUGGCGGAAUCUCUGGCUCAAGUUAUUGUUAACUCGGAGAUGGGUCGUUUGAAGACCUUGUAUAUUUACACGCACAUAAGUUCCCAAUCCACUGGUGGGCAUUUAGAGGAGCUGCUUGACCAGGUCCUAGGAUCUCUACCUACUGCUUUGCAAGCACAUAGACUGUUUCUUCAGCAACCCAUGGAGUAUAAACCAUAUGUUCAUGCUGUCUUGGUUUUGGUAGAUGAUCUUCCGGCACUCUCAGCGAUUUACGGACUUAUCCGAGCCACCCAAGACUUAUCAUAUACUCUAAUAUACAUGUCUCUGCCAACGGACGCAUAUUCUGAGGAGAUUCAAAUGGCUCUUCAACUUCUGUGGCGUCUUAGUGUGCUAAAUGUGGUCGUGGUACUGCGUCCUCCUGGUGGUCAGCUUCUUAUGGUAAGUUACUUUCCAUUCAGUGCGCACCAUGGCUGUCAAGUCAUCUCGGCUAAUGUGGUGAAUCGUUACCAAGUGGCUAACGGACGGUGGGUUAGCCAAGACUAUUUCCAACCCAAGUUGAAAAAUUUUUAUGGCUGUCUAUUGACCUGCGCCACUUGGGAGGAUAUGCCAUAUUUGGUAUGGCGCCGCGAUGGCAGCGAAUCCUUUGUGGGCAUCGAGGGUGCUCUCCUCCAGUUUAUGGCAGACAAUUUGAACUUUAGUGUCGGUCUGUAUUGGAUGAACAAGGACGAAGUGCUGGCCACAUUUGAUGAAUCAGGUAAAAUUUUCGACGAGAUUUUUGGCCGUCAUGCUGAUUUUUCCCUGGGUGGAUUCCAUUUCAAACCAAGUGCUGGCAGUGAGAUUCCCUACUCCCAGUCCACUUACUACUUCAUGAGCCACAUCAUGUUGGUGACCAAUCUGCAGAGUGCCUAUUCCGCCUACGAGAAGCUGGCCUUUCCCUUUGGCCCGGUCUUGUGGAGAGCUAUUGGUUUGGUCUUGUUCCUGGCAUGUCUGCUCUUGAUGGUGGUGUCUCGUUGGUUGCGUGGUCAUAAAUUGCCAAGAAAUUCGUAUUACGAGCUGUUGGUUCUGACAAUGGGUGGCAAUCUGCAGGACCGAUAUUUACCACGUAAGAUUUCCGGGCAAUUGGUGCUGCUCACCUGGCUGUUUGCUACUUUAGUGCUGAGAAGCGCGUAUCAGUCGGGAAUGUACCAGCUGCUGCGGCAGGAUACCCAAAGAAAUCCACCACAAACGAUUUCCGAAGUGCUGGCACAGCAUUACACCAUACUUUUAGCGGAGGUCAAUGAGGCUAGGAUUAUGGCCAGUUUGCCGGAAUUGCGGCCAGAACAAUUGGUUCACCUGGAAGGCAGUGAGCUGCAAUCCUUUCCAGCUUUGGCCCAGCAAAGUGGCUCAUCUGCCCGGAUGGCCAUUCUUACUCCGUAUGAGUACUUCGGAUACUUUAGGAAAGUCCAUCCGAUGAGCAGGAGAUUGCAUUUGGUGAGGGAACGCAUCUACACCCAACAAUUAGCCUUCUAUGUGAGACGUCAUUCCCAUUUGGUUGGCGUGCUCAACAAACAGAUCCAACAUGCCCAUGCCCAUGGAUUCCUGGAGCACUGGACGCGUCAAUAUGUGAGUGCCGUGGAUGAGACUGAUGAGAGUGUGGCCAGGAUUGCCUCGACUUCGUAUAGUACCCUGGAUGGGAUCGAUGGCGACCCUAAGCUGCCGGAGGUGGAAGAGCAGCUGGUGGCUACCAUUCGACAAAAUGUGCUCUCCAUGCAAGAACUGGCCGCUCUCUUUUGGCUCAUCCUUUGGGCGAAUCUAGGAGCUUUGGUGAUCUUUGCCCUGGAAGUAAUACUAUCUAAAAUUCAACUUAGAAGGAGAUCCUUAACAUUCCAUCCGCGAUCCACGUGGGAGUUCAUUGAUCCCGACCUGGUCACUGUCCAGCUGCACAUGUGGUCUCCACUCAAUUAUCCGCCGUACAUUCGUUAG